AUGGCUUCAAGUUCACAGGGAGGUAACAACAAUGAUCACAUCGAUAUCGAGACAUCUUCGUGUGGGCGAUACGUAAGGUACAAUGAGAUCAUUGGAAGAGGAACUACAAAAACAGCUUACAAGGGCUUCGAUAGGGUACUUGGUGUUUCGGAAGGUGGUCUGUUGAAGCUAUUAGAUCAUGAAAAUAUAGUUAAAUGCUAUGAUUCUUGGGUUGAUGAAGAGGCGAAAACCAUUCACAUGAUCACUGAGUACUUUCCUUCAGGUAAUUUGUCGAGACAUCUCAGAUUUAAUCAUAAGCUUAAAGGUAAUGCUGCAAUCAAGAAGUGGUGUAUACAGAUUCUGAAUGCGAUAGCUUAUCUUCACAGUCAAACUCCGCCGAUUGUACACCGUGACAUUAAGCCGGAAAACAUCUUGAUCAAUGGGAAGACAGGUUGUGUUAAACUCGCAGAUUUUGGUUUCGCCCUGAGUCUUGAACAGGGGACCUGUAAUCAGAUAUAUGGCGAAAAAGGUUAUGUGGCACCAGAAAUUCUUGAAGGAAAUGGUUAUGAUGAAUCAGUUGACAUAUUCUCUUUCGGAAUGUGCGUACUAGAGAUGAUCACUGGCGGACCACCCUACAGCGACGUCGAGUUAGAGUUAAAUAAAGGCGGUGAAGCUGGUGUUAAUGUUGACCCUCCGGAGUUAAGCAAGGUGAAAGAUAAAAUUGCUUACGCAUUCAUUAGCAAGUGUCUGGCUCCUUCAUCUGAAAGACCCUCGGCAAUUGAGCUCUUGAAUGACCCGUUUCUUGCACCGAGGUCUCCGAGCAUCCUUAGAGGAAGAUUUCAGAGUCUGGUUAUAGUUAUGCACGUAUAUCGAUUGAAUGAGAAUACUCUAGUUGAGUAUACAACAUGGAUGGACACAAACCUCUUUUAUGCAUUGCUUGCUAGCUAG